GUUGCACAAACAUAUUUGAGACUGCUGAAGUAAUAUAUCACAUAACACGUUUUAUAUUGACGACAGUUUAUAAUCCACCCUCCAGCUGCGCGCGAUGCACUGUGUAAACCACCUAGCCUAGCAUCAUUAGCUACGCCUACUAGCAAGCUGCUUUGUUAGCGUUUUUUUUUUUUUUUUUGUAACACACAAACCAAGUGAUGGAAUUUCGUGUUCGUUCUUCGCCAUCAACAGUGUUACGGUGCUAAUAGGACUGACGAUGCACAUGUAGUGUGAAAAGGUAUUACCUACAUAACGAAGUGUGAACAUGGAUCAGACCUGCAGUGCUCCCGCUGCUCCGGCCGGAUUGACCGUGCAGGUGUGUUUCCCUGCCGUGCGUGCUGCUGUUUUGGACAAUCUGAACCGCCAGCGGGAGGAGGGCAGGUUGUGCGACCUCUCCAUCCAGGUGCAAGGUCAGGUGUUCAGGGCGCACCGCUGCGUACUCGCUGCAUCCUCACCUUACUUCCAUGACCAGGUAUUGCUGAAGAAUGUUACGACUGUUUCGCUCCCUUCAGUUAUGGACCCUGUGGCCUUUGAGAGCGUCCUGAGUUCGGCCUACACGGGUCAGCUGAGCAUUGUACAUGAUGACAUUGUCAACUACGUCACUGUGGCCAGUUUCCUCCAGAUGUGGCACAUUGUGGACAAGUGCACUGAGAUCCUGAAACGGCCCAGGUCCUCAGUGGAAGUGGGCCCCGGAGAGGCCCCCGCCGUGGCCCCGGGCUCUGCCUCUCGGCAGCAGUCUCCCAGCAGCACUGACUGCAUUUACAUGGAAAGGGAAGACAGAAGGAAAGAUAGGAACCCUGAUGCUCUUCCUCCCUUAGCCACGUGGAGAAGACCACAGCAGUUUCCUCGAUGGGGGCGCCAGAAGCCCUCAUCAGCCCAGCACUUAGCCGACUCUCAGCUGGACAGCUUCGCUGGCUGUGCAGAGAGCGAAUACUCAAACUCUGAGGAGACGUGGCUAUCGAGCAACACCAAAACGAGCCACUUUGGUCACGACGGACCUGGACACUACAGCAGGCACCAUGGGGGAUUCCCUGGUGGUGAGCCCUUAAAGCAGAGAGCCAGAUUUACACAGCGGGGUCCAACUCUGGGCGCUGAUAGACCGCUGGACAAGAACAGAGAGAGCAGAGAGAGUGAUGAACUCCAAGAGAAGAAGAGGAAUGAGAAACGAGCGAUUGAGCCAGAUGAAGGAGUGGGAGAGCAAGAAGAGAGGAAGGAGAGCUGUGCUGAAAUGGGACACAGUGAAUUCCGCCAAAGCACAAAUGAGAGCCAGGAAGUUGGAAAAGCAGCAGGGAAAGGCGGUGCAGAGGAGAAGGUGGGAUCGAAUCCCUCUGCAGACUUAGCCAUCGCUCAUGGCUGUGACACGGCUGGUCCGGGUUCUGCCCAGCUGCCGUGGCAGGCCGCUUCCUGGUCUCAGCAAGAGCCCAGGCUGCAGGAGGGGGCAGGCGGCCCGUGUGGUAAAAACGAGGGCGAGGAGGAGGAGCUUGAAUGUUUUGGCAGAGACACAUACGAUGAGAUUGAGGACGGGACGGGGCAGGUUUCCCAGAGGCCUUUAGUGCCCGUGUCUCCUGACUUCACCACAACAGGCUCUGAGGGGACCUGGUCCUCUACCGGCAUGGGUCAGGGCGGCUCUUUGACCCCCACCUCCAGCCGCCAUUUGUCCCCGUCCACGGCUUCAUUCCCGCCCUCUUCUUCACCACCGACCCCAUCUUCCUCAUCCUCGGUGUCCCUCGCUGGCGCUCCUUACACAGGAAAAGUGCACUUCUGCCACUGCGGCAAAGCCUACACGCUGAAGAGCAUGCGGGACCGACACGUGAAGAUGCAGCACCUCAACCUGCGGCCCUUUGGCUGUCCUGUGUGUGCAAAGACCUUCAAGAUGAAGCACCACUUGACGAAACACCUCAAAACGCACGGCGGGCUGCGGCCUUACGAAUGCAACCUGUGCGGCAAGAAAGUGAUUUGGAGGGACAGCUUCUUGAGGCAUCAGGCCCGAUGCGAGCGGCUUGCCUCCGGCUCCUCGGCUAACAGUAACAGCACAAGCGCGGCGGCGGCGGCAGCAGAUAUGGAAGAGGGCUGCAGUUACGGCUUUGAAGACCGGGAGGCUUUUCUCCCCACAGGUGGACACGUGAAAGUGGAGCAGGUGGACUUUCAUGGGGAGAUGGAGGGCAGGAUGGAUGGACUUCUGGGGAACGUGUCUGGGAUUGUGGACAACCUCAGAUCUCAGUCGCAGCAUUUAAACGCGGGCAGUCACGUUUUUAAAGAGGAGGAACGAGAGAGUUUUGGCUGAAAUGAGCCGUUAAUGUGCAGCAGAGGCAUAAAAGAGAAAAACUCCACGAGGACCAUUAAAGGUCCCCAUGCACACUCUUGACCCGUGCACGCCCUCGACUUGAGAUGCGUUGUCACGAGUGUUUAAGUCACUUUUCAAAUGAUGCUUCUUUUUUUUUUUUUUACCUGGUGCAGUGUGAUGUUGCAUCGUGCAGACUGGUGUCUUGUUUUUUGACUUGCCUUUGUUGGGAGGAGAAAUGUUUUCUACUUUAUAUGGAAUUAUUGCCACUGUGGUGUUUUGUGGAAUAAUGAGGUAAAGCGUGUGAGGUUAAUGUUAGUGUUUUAACUGUGUAGAUGAAAAGGACUUCUGAUAAGAUGGCUCAAAAUUCACACCUUGAUUUUUUUCUUUUUUUUAUUAUGGUAAUUAUUAUCGUUUGUUUUUCCCAUCUGUGUUGCUGAAUACAGAACAGGGCUCAGAUUUGUUUAACUCAGUGUUUGCUUCUGGGCAAUACUUUGGUAAGUGAAUUACAAUGACAGCAAAAUCUGGCCAUAUUUUAGUUCACCAUUUAAAAACUUGCUCUGAUUGUAAUUCCUUUACUGCAGAAUUACCCGUCUGUCUGUCUGGCUGUUUGGUCGAUAUGUGUGCAAUACCUGGACAAAGACUUCAUGUAUCAAGUUGAAACUUGCAACACAAAGGUACCUCACUAAGACCUCAGAUAAGUUUGGAAGUGUUUCCAUAAACUGACCUCGCUGACCCUCAGUUUUUUUCUCAUCCAGAAACACGGCAGAAAGUCUGCAUUUUUGUUUCCUGCCUUACAGAUGUAGCUUGUACUUGGUCAAAUUAUUUUAUGUUUUUGUCAAACACUGAGUAUGAUCCAGUUAGACAGCAUUUUGCAG